CGUGGCGUGUCGCGGAUGAGGAGCCUUCAAAACCCCUUGAGAGCCUGUCCCAAGCUUGGACUCCACCAUCUCGCAUCGAACUUUCAGCAAUCGACGACUUAUGAAAUCAUAGAAAAGGACGCAAAGAGAAACGAUAAGAACCGAAUUCCACAGUUAUACAUUUGAACUAUUCGAGCUGGUAUCUCUUCCGCCGCCCAACAUGUCGGACGAGAACAGUUCUCGAAGUCCGACUUCGCCCCUCACAACGACGAGCAAUACCAGUAGGAAACAGACCAUAUCAUCACCGGGAACGACAGCUUCACCAGCGCCUUCGGGACACGCCUUCAAACGCGCCGUGACGGUAGACGAGACAUCUCAGGUGCGCCGGCGGCCACCUUUCAGCCAUAUCCCGACAGAGAACUCAUUCGCCGAGAGAGGCCUUGGAAGGAGAAGGAGUUCAACUUUGUCGGAUUAUAGCUUUGGCGAUGCGAGAGAUUUCCUCAACCCCAGGCCUGGAGAUGGUAUACCAUCAACAUCGACGGACGAACUUUCCAGCUGGGCCUCGGUUCCUUUGGCAUUUGCACUCUUACCUGCGGUCGGUGGUCUGCUUUUCAAGAAUGGCAGCGCCGUUGUGACGGACGUCAUGUUGCUGGGCUUGUCGGCCGUGUUCCUGCACUGGUCUGUGACACACCCAUGGAAUUGGUACCACUCGGCGCAAGCAGUACGAGAGCGGGCAGAGAUCAGCACGAGCGCCGUCAUUGACGAUGAGAGCGAGACAGAGCAGGGGGCCGGAAGCCCGUCACCGGCGGCAUCGACGGCUAACGGCCACACGACGAACGGAAGCGUCGACGAAGCGUCUGAAGUACCCACAACGCCCACGUCCCUUGUCCAGGAACAAGUACGUAAGACGACGACGCCGCCAAGAAACAAAAAGGAGGACGCAUUGGCUGAGCUAUGGGUGCAUGAAAUUCUGGCCCUGAUAUCAUGCUUCAUGUUUCCCAUGCUGGGCGCAUAUCUGCUGCAUGCCAUUCGCGCGCAGCUAAGUCGGCCCUCGGAGGGCCUGGUCUCCAACUACAACUUAACAAUUUUCCUCUUGGCUGCAGAAGUACGACCGAUUUCGCAUCUCAUGAAGCUCGUGCAGUGCAGGACCAUUCAGUUGCAGCGGGAUGUCCACGUAAACCCGUACAAGGACGACGGCGCCACGUCAGAUCAGAUGAGGGUUCUCAUGGCACGGUUGGAAAUGCUGGAAUCACGGCCUGAGCCGACGCCGAUGAAGCACAAUGGAAACUCGGACAAUUCUAAAAUCAAGCAAGAGGCCGCCAUUGCUCGCGAUGUGCGCAACGCCAUUCAACCCGAUCUGGAUGCGCUGAAUCGGGCUGUGCGGCGAUACGAGAAGAAGGCGACGGUACUUGCCUUCCAGACCGAAUCACGUUUCGCCGCAGUCGAUACUCGCUUGAACGAUGCCAUUGCGCUGGCGGCAGCAGCGGCCAAAAACAGCGUCGCUCGGCCGGGCUUCAUGCAGUGGCUCGUAGAAUCUGUGUGGGCCAUCAUCACGAUGCCCUUCUUCGCGAUGGUCGCUCUGCUAGUGCUACCUUUCAAGACAAUUAGAGGCUUGCUCAAACGUAAGAAGAAGUCCCUCCCUGAAAGGACAUCAAAGUCUAGUCGAAACGGGAAGACCAUGGGACACGGGAGGAUGACGGCAGACAGACAGCCAAGCCGCGUCUCAAAGAGGUGAGAAGGGUGUAGGGCGUCGGGGCGUAAGGUUGGGGCAAGGCGCGAACGGAUUGGAGAUUUUUCAAGAUGUUCUCCUGGCAACCAGAAAAAAGGAUCAGGUUUUCGACAUGGAUAUCAACCAUGGGACAAAAGAAAUGGAGCUUUGGAACCAGCCGGUGUUGUAAUAUGGGAUCCGAAACCAGUACUCUCUACGGAACUAAGUCAGAAGGGAGGAACUGGUUUCGAUGUAUGUGGAGAAACAACACCUACAACUGUACUGUUACGUGUCGAAUUAUAUUCUCAUCACCGUCUGUCUACCACGUUUUCGGGAUGAACAAUGAUGUGACCAGGAAACUCUCCAGUGACCCUUGGACUGGUGAGGAAGUUUGUCAAGUUGGUUUCUCAGCAUUGAUGAGACGCCGAAGCGAUACGCCAGGUCAUAGAAGGUGACGUUGUUGAAGGAGAAGUCGGCUAUC